AGGCGGGGAGGGGCCGGCCGUUGGGCCCGAGGCGGCGGCACCGGCGGCCGGGGCCAGCCGCGAUCGUCGCCUCCCGGGGCCGCCGCGGAGGGGCCCGGGCCUCCUCCCCCCGGCGCCGCGGAGGGGGGAGGAGGAAGAUGGAGACCCACAUCUCGUGCCUGUUCCCCGAGCUGCUGGCCAUGAUCUUCGGCUACCUGGACGUCCGGGACAAGGGGCGCGCGGCGCAGGUGUGCACGGCCUGGCGGGACGCCGCCUACCACAAGUCGGUGUGGCGGGGGGUGGAGGCCAAGCUGCACCUGCGCCGGGCCAACCCGUCGCUGUUCCCCAGCCUGCAGGCCCGGGGCAUCCGCCGGGUGCAGAUCCUGAGUCUCCGCCGCAGCCUCAGCUACGUGAUCCAGGGCAUGGCCAACAUCGAGAGCCUGAACCUCAGCGGCUGCUACAACCUCACCGACAACGGCCUGGGCCACGCGUUCGUGCAGGAGAUCGGCUCCCUGCGCGCCCUCAACCUGAGCCUCUGCAAGCAGAUCACAGACAGCAGCCUGGGCCGCAUCGCCCAGUACCUCAAGGGCCUGGAGGUGCUGGAGCUGGGGGGUUGCAGCAACAUCACGAACACGGGCCUCCUGCUCAUCGCCUGGGGCCUCCAGCGCCUCAAGAGCCUUAAUCUCCGCAGCUGCCGCCACCUCUCGGACGUGGGCAUCGGGCACCUGGCCGGCAUGACGCGCAGCGCGGCCGAGGGCUGCCUGGGCCUGGAGCAGCUCACGCUGCAGGACUGCCAGAAGCUCACGGAUCUCUCCCUCAAGCACAUCUCCCGGGGGCUGACGGGCCUGCGGCUCCUCAACCUCAGCUUCUGCGGGGGCAUCUCGGACGCCGGCCUCCUGCACCUGUCGCACAUGGGCAGCCUCCGCAGCCUCAACCUGCGCUCGUGCGACAACAUCAGCGACACGGGCAUCAUGCACCUGGCCAUGGGCAGCCUGCGCCUCUCGGGGCUGGACGUGUCCUUCUGUGACAAGGUGGGGGACCAGAGUCUGGCGUACAUCGCCCAGGGGCUGGAUGGCCUCAAGUCCCUGUCCCUCUGCUCCUGCCACAUCAGUGACGAUGGCAUCAACCGCAUGGUGCGGCAGAUGCACGGGCUGCGCACGCUCAACAUCGGCCAGUGCGUGCGCAUCACGGACAAGGGCCUGGAGCUGAUUGCGGAGCACCUGAGCCAGCUCACGGGCAUCGACCUCUACGGCUGCACCCGCAUCACCAAGCGCGGCCUGGAGCGCAUCACGCAGCUGCCGUGCCUCAAGGUACUCAACCUGGGACUCUGGCAGAUGACGGACAGUGAGAAAGUCAGGUGAGGGCGGCAGCAGCAGCUCCCCGUGCCCCGCCCUGGCGAUCCUCCCCGCAUCACCCACCCCCCUCGCCCCCUGCACAUUUAGGCAAGAAUCACGGCAGUGGAGGAGUUGGGGCAGUGACGGUCGCAUCCCUCUCU